AUGUCAGUUGAACCAUUUGAAUGGGCUGUAAAACUAUGCAAUCUUAAAGAGGAGGAAGCUACGGACAGUAGUGCUAUUAAAACACUGCCAUCACCUCCUGGAUAUGGUGUGGUAGAGGUUGGGAAGAAUCAACAUGAAUCGCAAGGGAACAAAGCUACAGAGGCCAUUAGAAUGAAGGAGCUCAAUAAUCUUUUGGCACAAAAGGCCAUGUCAAUAGCAAUGCAACCAGCGAAAUCAAUUCCGAUGAAUAUGAUUAUGUCUUAUAUGUCCGGUACAUCACUUCAAAUUAUUCCAAUAAUGGCAGCACUAAUGCUACUUUCAGGUCCAUUAAAGGCUAUAUUCUCCAUUAGAGCUGCAUUCAAACCCGUCCUGGGGAAUAAGGAGAUCCAAAGUCAAGUGAACUCUGCUAUGUUUUUAUAUAUCGUUUUCCAGGGUGCCCUUAUGUAUAUUGGUAUUAGGAAAUUGAAUGCCAUGGGACUCAUUCCCAAUACUAAAAGUGACUGGCUGACUUGGGAAUUACCUGUCGAUUAUAAUAUAGGAAGGAAAGUAUUUGCAUUUUAA